UCCCCGUCUACCCCCCUCCCCCUGCGGGAGUCGCGGAGCUGCUGGCCUGAGCUGGGUUAGAGGGGACCCCCAAGCUCGGUGGGGAAUACGAGCUGGGGCGGCGCCUGAGCCGGGCGGCGAGCUAGGUGGGCGGCGGCGUGCGGCGCCGUUGAGGGCGCUGCCCCGCGCGCUCCCAGGCCGCCCCGGGCCCUGGGCUCUCGAUAGGAGGAUCAGCGCCCGGGGCCGACGAGUAGGGCAAGCGGGGCGCUGCCGUGGCUGGAGCCCAACGUGGGGUCUCGAGACGUAGGGACUGAGGCUUGGGGCGCUACCUGCCCGAGCGGAGAUCCGGGUUUACCAAGCGCGGGGACGCAGGGCCCUGACGCGGGUGAGGCGGUCGCGGGAGCAUGAGCGGGCAGCGGGUGGACGUCAAGGUGGUGAUGCUGGGCAAGGAAUACGUGGGCAAGACGAGCCUGGUGGAGCGAUACGUGCACGACCGCUUCCUGGUGGGGCCCUACCAGAACACCAUCGGGGCCGCCUUCGUGGCCAAGGUGAUGUCUGUCGGAGACCGGACGGUGACUUUGGGUAUUUGGGACACAGCAGGCUCUGAGCGCUACGAGGCUAUGAGCCGAAUCUACUAUCGGGGAGCCAAGGCUGCCAUCGUCUGCUACGACCUCACGGAUAGCAGCAGCUUUGAGCGGGCAAAGUUCUGGGUGAAGGAACUGCGCAACAUGGAGGAGGGCUGCCAGAUCUACCUGUGUGGCACCAAGAGUGACCUGCUGGAGGAGGACAGGCGGCGUCGACGUGUGGAUUUCCACGAUGUCCAGGACUAUGCAGACAAUAUCAAAGCUCAGCUCUUUGAAACAUCCAGCAAGACAGGCCAGAGUGUGGACGAGCUCUUCCAGAAAGUGGCAGAGGAUUACGUCAGCGUGGCCUCCUUCCAGGUGAUGACAGAGGACAAGAGUGUGGAUCUGAGCCAGAAGGCAAACCCCUACUUCUACAGCUGUUGUCACCACUGAAUCACCACUCACUUGGCCUGGGGGGAUCAGAGGAAUUCCCCAAGGGGCUGGACUUAGCUCUGGUCUGGGCUCAGGUGGGCAAAUGUGAGCGACCCCAAGUCCCAUGGCAGCAGGGGUAGUGCCUGUCUGUGCUGGCCCACGGGGCGGAUACAGCAUUGGGCUGACUGACGGGCAUCAGGAGGGUGAGGGCGGAUUUGGAUGCCAGGUCUCUGUCCUGGACAGCACGUGUGUCUGCAGACUGAGUAGCUUCUGAUUUGUAAAUAAAAUCAAUGCACUGUGA